GUUCCCAGCCACGGCCGCGAUAAUUGAUAAGCAAGAGACGCGCGAUGUGGGAAGAUGCGCGAGAGAUCGUCUUGCAUUUGCCGUACGAAUGGAAGAUCCACAUCACCCAGCCCUGGGUGUGCUCAGUCACUGCAUCUAUAAUCAUCGGUAUUGCUGGCAUCAUCCCUAUUUUCAUCAUUCCUAGCGACGAAAAGUCGCCGUUCCAUCCUAACAAAGGCUCGAAGGUGCUUCAGCUGCUGCUCAGUUUUGCUGUGGGUGGCUUGCUGGCUGACGUCUUCCUACACUUGCUUCCUGAGGCGUGGUCUUCUGCUCUGCAAGUUGGACUGGACCCACGUGAGGCGUUCUCGAGAGUCGGGCUGUGCGUUCUCCUCGGGAUUUUCGUGUUCAUCGUCGUCGAGGUUCUAGCCGCGGUUGACUACAGCCCUCAACCGCCCUCCGAUAUCCCCUCUAAUGCCCUCACGCCGCCCUCCGACCUCCCCUCUAACGCCCUCACUUCGUCCUCCGACCUCCCCUCUAACGCCCUCAAUGGCACCGCUUGCUGUGUCCACGCUGUAGGAAACGGAAAAAGUACUUGCGCCCACUCGCUCAAAGGCGGAAAAGUUCACUACGGCGAAAAUGAAGCCAGUUUGUGCCUGAACGUUGGUAAAAAUGGUCUAAGUUCCAACGAUGCUGUUCACUAUGCUAAAAAUAUAGUAAAAUUAGAAGUGAAUUGUUCGUCUUCAGUUUAUUGUAAUGACGACAUGUCAAAGCUGCUCUGUUCGUGCGCGCACUCUAACAACAACAGCGUCAACGGCCACGUCCACGACGCCGAGAGCUACAAGGAGAGGCGCUGUCCCUGCAGCCUUCUCGUCGCCGAAGAGGAACAAGAAGGAAAUGGGAGAAAGUCGAUCAAUUAUGAGUUGGUAGGAUACCUGAACCUGCUGGCUAACAGCAUCGACAACUUUGCGCAUGGGUUGGCUGUGGCGGGAUCCUUCAUGGUAUCCUACAGGACCGGGGUGCUCACUACCUCUGCCAUCCUCAUGCACGAAGUGCCACACGAGAUCGGGGACUUCGCUAUUCUCCUCAGUUCAGGAUGCGUGCAGCUGUACAUCCUAGGGUUCUCAGCGGGCACGUUCCUGAACAUCAGCCUCGUGUCGCUGCUGCCGCAGAUGAUGAAGGAGGAGCGUCCUGCGCACGCCGCUGCGCAGGUCCUAGCCAUCUUGCUCGGUGCCAUCACAAUGGCCGCCGCCACCCACUGACAUGAUGGUACCAAUGACCACCACCAUUGAUGAUGGUCAGAUGAUAGUCAAUAGGUGCUGUCAGGAGGCUGAUACCGACCAUCAGGAUCAGGAUCAUUGCUGCCUGUGCCACCUACUUACCAUCAAGGAUAAGAUCGUCUGCCGCUCACUCAAAAUUCGAGGCCAUGUUCCCUAAGACUUGCACUAAGACUAUGAACUUGCCAUCUUGUCAAAGAUACGAGAUUGUCAAAGACAAUCUCGUAUCUUUUUCUUUCUUUGACAAAGAAAGAAAACCACAGUCAUUCAUGCAUGUGGUUUUCUUUCUUUGACAAGUUGGUAAAGAUACACGAUAAGGUGGUAAGAGACCAAUUAUUAGACCUAGAAGGAUGUACCUAGACCGCCAACAGCCCUGUUCUUUAUUGCGGCGUCCGUUGAGUGAUUGACCCUCGGGCAAUUGAUCAUUAGGUCUAUGGUUAUCAUUGAGGUCUGUGACCAUUCUUACCAUUCGAUGACCGCGCGAGGAUUAUUGUAAAGUUAAUUUUAUCAUUGGAUUAUCCACUACCGAACUUAGCUCGGUCCUUUUAAAGGCUUUCACUUGUCAGUACUUGCAUGGCAACUUGUUGUGGAAUUGUUUCGACUUUUGAUUAAAAAUACAUAGUUAAUUUAUUUAAA